UCCUCCGUCCGCCCCCUCCCUCGCCUCUUCCUGCCGGGCGGUCCUCUCCCCUCCUCAGCCCGCUCCCUCCGCCCCGCUCCCUCCGCCCUCCCUGGGCUUCGGCGGCGGCGGCGGCGGCGGCGGAGUGAACGGGACGGGCCCGACCGCAGAGCUCUGGGCGGCGGGUGGGACUCGGACGUCUGACAGAGUUGUUGUUCCGGCAGCGGCCGCGGAGACGUGAGUUUUGCCAGGUGGAUGUGGGAAGAGAAGUUUGCAGAACUGAAAUGGAGGUCAGAGCUUCAUUACAGAAGGUUAGUGGGUCAUCUGAUUCUGUGGCCACAGAGAACAGUGAAGAAUUUGUUUUGGUUCCUCAGCAUGCAGAUGAUACUUCUACAAAGGAUGAUGGAAAGCCGCAGCUGAAGAUAGCUUCCAAUGGUGACGAACAGUUGGAAAAAGCCAUGGAAGAGAUUUUGAGAGAUUCUGAGAAAGGACAAAGCAGCCUACUUGUUGAUUGUCAGGGUUCCAAUGAUAUUUCAGACUACUCCUUUGGAGAUGUUCCAGCCAGCCAAACAAAUAAGCCAUCUCUUCAGUUAAUUUUGGAUCCCUCAAACACAGAAGUUUCCAAACCCAGACCAUCUUCUCCAAGUGGACUUACUGAAGAAGACAGUGUUCUAUUUAACAAAUUGACUUACUUAGGAUGUAUGAAGGUUUCUUCCCCACGUAGCGAAGUAGAGGCUUUACGGGCAAUGGCAGCCAUGAGAGCCUCCAGUCAGUACCCCUUUGCUGUUACACUCUAUGUGCCCAAUGUUCCAGAAGGUUCUGUGAGAAUUAUAGACCAGUCAAGCAGUGUGGAGAUAGCAUCCUUCCCAAUUUAUAAGGUGUUAUUCUGUGCACGUGGCCAUGAUGGGACAACAGAGAGCAAUUGCUUUGCAUUUACAGAGAGUUCUCAUGGUUCAGAAGAAUUUCAGAUACAUGUUUUCUCCUGUGAAAUUAAAGAGGCAGUAAGCAGAAUUUUAUAUAGUUUCUGUACUGCAUUCAAACGUUCUUCCAGACAAGUGGCUGAUGUUAAAGAUUCAAUCAUCCCAACCCCGGACAGUGAUGUGUUUACCUUUAGUGUAUCUUUGGAGGUCAAAGAAGAUGAUGGAAAAGGAAACUUUAGUCCUGUGCCUAAGGAUAGAGAUAAAUUUUAUUUCAAAAUAAAGCAAGGAAUAGAGAAGAAGGUUGUGAUUACAGUUCAGCAGCUUUCUAACAAAGAAUUAGCUAUUGAGAGAUGUUUUGGAAUGUUAUUAAGCCCAGGUCGAAACGUGAAGAACAGUGACAUGCAUUUACUGGAUAUGGAAUCCAUGGGAAAGAGCUAUGAUGGCAGAGCUUAUGUCAUCACAGGCAUGUGGAACCCCAAUGCACCAAUAUUUCUGGCACUCAAUGAAGAAACCCCAAAAGAUAAACGGGUGUACAUGACUGUGGCAGUGGACAUGGUGGUCACAGAGGUUGUGGAGCCAGUCCGCUUUCUCCUGGAGACAGUGGUUCGUGUGUACCCUGCAAAUGAAAGAUUUUGGUACUUCAGCAGAAAGACUUUUACAGAGACUUUCUUCAUGAGGUUGAAACAGUCUGAGGGAAAAGGCCAUAGCAGUGCUGGAGAUGCAAUAUAUGAAGUGGUGAGUCUGCAGAGAGAGUCUGACAAGGAAGAGCCAAUCACUCCUACUAGUGGAGGGGGGCCAUUGUCACCCCAGGAGGAUGAAGCGGAAGAGGAGAGUGAUAAUGAACUCUCAAGUGGAACAGGUGAUGUGUCAAAAGACUGUCCUGAGAAGAUCCUCUAUUCUUGGGGAGAAUUGUUAGGAAGAUGGCACAAUAAUCUUGGUGGCCGACCAAAAGGGCUAUUCACUUUGGUAAAGAGUGGUGUUCCUGAGGCAUUAAGGGCAGAAGUAUGGCAGCUAUUAGCAGGAUGCCAUGACAACCAGGAAAUGCUGGAUAGAUACCGAAUUCUUAUCACAAAGGACUCUGCACAGGAGAGUGUUAUUACUCGAGAUAUUCAUCGUACAUUUCCUGCACAUGAUUACUUCAAAGACACUGGAGGAGACGGACAGGAAUCCCUCUACAAGAUCUGCAAGGCCUACUCUGUGCAUGAUGAAGACAUUGGGUACUGUCAAGGACAGUCUUUUCUUGCUGCUGUAUUGCUGUUGCAUAUGCCAGAGGAGCAAGCAUUCUGUGUUUUGGUGAAAAUCAUGUAUGACUAUAAAUUGCGAGACUUGUACAAAAACAAUUUUGAAGAUCUUCAUUGCAAAUUCUAUCAACUUGAGAAACUAAUGCAGGAACAGCUGCCGGACCUGUACAACCAUUUUUGUGAUCUGAACCUAGAAGCUCAUAUGUACGCAUCCCAGUGGUUCCUCACUCUUUUUACUGCCAAGUUUCCUCUCUGCAUGGUGUUCCACAUCAUUGACCUACUGCUAUGUGAGGGUUUGAACAUAAUCUUUCAUGUAGCCUUGGCUCUCCUAAAGACCUCAAAGGAAGACCUCCUGCAGGCUGAUUUUGAAGGUGCUUUGAAGUUCUUCAGAGUUCAGCUUCCAAAGAGAUACCGGGCAGAGGAGAAUGCAAGAAGAUUGAUGGAGCAGGCUUGCAAUAUUAAAGUACCAACCAAAAAGCUGAAGAAAUAUGAGAAAGAGUAUCAGGCAAUGCGGGAGAAUCAGCUGCAACAGGAAGACCCAAUGGAUAGAUACAAGAGGGAGAACCGAAGAUUACAGGAAGCCAGCAUGAGGCUGGAACAAGAGAAUGAUGACCUUGCCCAUGAACUAGUGACAAGCAAAAUUGCUCUUCGGAAUGACUUGGAUCAGGCAGAGGACAAGGCUGACGUGCUGAACAAGGAACUCCUCUUGACCAAGCAGAGGUUGGUGGAGACUGAGGAAGAGAAGAGGAAGCAAGAAGAGGAGACUGCCCAGCUAAAAGAAGUCUUCAGAAAACAGCUAGAAAAGGCAGAAUAUGAGAUAAAGAAGACUACAGCUAUCAUUGCUGAGUAUAAACAGAUAUGUUCUCAGUUAAGUACCAGGCUGGAAAAACAGCAAGCAGCCAGCAAGGAGGAGCUGGAAGCAGUAAAGGGUAAGAUGAUGGCGUGCAAACACUGCAGUGACAUUUUCAGCAAGGAAGGAGCUUUAAAGCCAGCAGCUGUAAGUAGAGAGGACCAGGGAAUUGAAGCCGAUGACGAGAAGGAUUCACUGAGGAAGCAGCUGAGGGAGAUGGAGCUGGAGCUGGCACAGACCAAACUGCAGCUGGUGGAGGCCAAGUGCAAGAUUCAGGAACUUGAGCAUCAGAGAGGAGCACUUAUGAAUGAAAUACAAGCUGCAAAAAACUCUUGGUUUAGUAAAACCCUGAACUCUAUCAAAACGGCCACGGGCACUCAGCCACUACAGCCACCACAGGCUCCCCAGCCACCCAAGGAGAGCACAUAGCUCCAGCCUCAGCCAGUCACAAGAGCACAAUGAUCAAAACAACCGAAACCGAGAAUCCUUCCUGUUGUCCCUUUGAAGGAAAGUAAAGGAGACCAGAAAGCAAGUUAGAAUCUUUAGUAGCUCUGUCUUUCGUGUAUGACAUUUUUCAAAGGGAUGAUAUUUAAACUGACCUGAUUUAUGUUGCAUAUCUGUUUCCCAGCUUCUUCAUGAAAAGCCACAUUCAGAUCCAUCAUAGUGUUACACAUUGUUUUAUAGGCCUGAAAUUUAGUUGGAAAUAAGUAACCUAGAACUAAAUGUUUUUGUUUAGAAUUAUUUAUUCAUAAUAAUUUUUUGUCUCACAUAAAAAUGGAGACAUGCUUUUCCAAGGUUGAAAUGGUAAGAUCUUUGUCACAGAAUUCUGUUUUUAAAGGAAAAUUAACCCUCUUUAACUUUCCAGGAUUAUUUAGAUAAAGCACACUGUGGGGCCGCACAUGACCACUGACAGUUUCACACUGAAAGUGACUUCCACAGUAGUGCUACUCCUGUCCCAAGAAAACAGACCAGGAGUUGGCUUGAAAGUUCCCCCCAAAUUAUUUUGAGUUAGCUACAUUUGGAAAUGGAGUGCCAAGAGCUGUGGAGUAGCGGGGCUACUGCACUCUAGGUAAAUAGAGACUUUCAGUACAUGUGCAAUAAAGUCAUUUGGUCAGGCAUUCUAGCAGAUAGAUCCUUUUAAGGACUCCACAUGGGGCUCAUUCUCCUGAUGUGCCUUUGUAUGAACACAGAGGUGACUUGUGGCAAAUGCAGCCUCAAAGAUGGAUAUUGUCAGUGGCAGACUUGGGGACCCUCACUGGAGAAGUCUAAAAAGGUCUGUGUUCAGACACUGUAGUUUUGAGUGGAACCAUGAUGAUUUAGUGGAUGCUGACACACUAGUUAAGGCAAACGCUGAUGUUCCAUACUUGGCUAAAGGCUGUGAUGUUGCCAAGGAAGUUGAAGAGAGCUUCCUAGCACCUUAGUGUUAGGCAACUUUCCUAACUUCUCCCUAACCCCGAAACAGUGCCCUACACACCUGGGAAUAAAGAAAAACAAGGGCAUUUUUCACAUUUUUGAUUGACUAAACCUUUAUAGAACUACUUAACUCAUGGAAAGGUAAGGUUACUGUUUAAAAAAAUUGGUGCAAAUAUUUUUUUCAAUUAUAUUUGACAUGCCUGUAUAAAUAGCCCUUACAAGAAAUUCUUUGGUAACAACAAAACUAAUUUUUCCAUUUUCUAAGCUACUAUAGAAGUCUCUGGUCCCUUUACAGCAUCCAAACUACUGUCAGUCAUGUAUAGUAACAUUUCUUUAUAUUCAUCUUUGGCUUUAUUGUUAAGCAUACUGUUUCCAAAGUAUCUCAGACUAUUGAGUCCAGAGGGCUCUCCUCUGUGCCAUAUGUUGUAACUGUAAUAACACACUCCAGAGGUAAGCCUCAGCAGAGCCCUCCCACCCCCAACUUCAAGUUGCUCAUGAUAGAGCCUUUCCUCUACAAUUAUUUUUGAGUUCUAGUAUGUGAAAUUUCUUUAAUCUCUAAAUGUCUCUAUUAUCUACAGGCCAUAAAACUGACAUGGUUGUUUGAUAUGUUACACUUAUCAAACAAUACCUCCCAUAUAGAAGUUUCUGUUUUAGUUCUGGCGUCUUUCAUCAGAAGAUUCACUUCUUUUUACCAAAAGACAAUAACCUAGAACUCCAGAUGUCUCUGUUGAUUUGACAUUCCCUGAAUCUCUGAUAAGCUAUUUUUUCUAUUAAAUAUAAUGGCUAGAAUAUUACAUCAUUUCUGUCAGUCAUUUAGUGCAGCCAAUUAGCUUUAUUGGUCCUGGGCACUCCAGAAAGCCUUGGACAAGUCACUUUUUCAAAUGGCCAGCUAAAUUAAGGUGCACUUCUGUGAACUUCUAAUACCAUUUCCAGCUCUUUCUAACUUCUGAAAAUAAAUACAUUCCACAGAA